AUGUGUUAUGUUGAUUUCUAUGAUCGAACCAAAAUCCAUAACCCCAUGAUUUGCGUCGGAGCCAUUCUUAUCAUCACCAGCAUUUUUAUGAUAACUCUUGGAAUAGCACGCAACCGUGAAGAUGUUUGGGUCGCUGGUAUUCUAGUUGCAAUAGCAGCGGUUCCGGUUUUUCUAUUUGGUUUAUUUAUUUUCUGCUAUCUAAAUCGUCCUGGCAGAGUUCCUGGUCUUGAACAAGACUAUUCUGUUAGUAAGUUCUCAAUUCCACCCAUGGUGAAUGUCCCCCAAGGCAGCCGAAUGCUCUACCCCAUCAAAGGUUACGAUUUAUCUAGUAAUAUUUACAGACUUCCAUAUUCACAAUUAAUGAGCUCACAAUAUGCACAACAAAAAUGA